UACCGUACAUACCACAGUGCGCACGGUAGAAUGCAACAUCCAUUGAUCGAUCAAAGUGCAAAGAAGAUACCACUAAAACCUCAAUCGCAAACGCGAUUAUCUACUGCGGGGUUGUCGAAGAUCAAAUCGGAUGGAUGCUGCUGUCAUAAAUCUCCGAAAUCCCCCGCAGAACGAGGACACAGCAGCAUUGACACUCUCAAAAGCUUUGCUACCAAUCGAAGAGAAUAGAUUCCUCGAAGCUUCUAUCAUGGGCGCUGCUACCAUUCGCGAUCCCAUAGCCAGCUGCCAGGCUCUAGCACUCGUGACGCUCCUCGAAACCUUUCGACCCAGAAUGGCACUCAAGCCCUAUCUGGUGCAGCUCAAGACGGUUGUCGCUGACCUGGAAGCAGAGGAMCAACAACUGCAGCUGCAACAGCUAAAAGACAUACACAGAGUGUUUGUGGCGUCCCAGGCUUCGCUGGAGGAGACCCCUUGCGAGGGCUGCGCCGAAGMGUCGGUGCCCGGCCCGGUCGGCAAGCCAUCCUUCGGAAGCAACACCUCCGGGGCUCCCAGGGCGCACACCAGCAUAAAAUCGCCCCUGUCGAUGAAUUCGCCRAUUUCGGUGUCGACCAAAACGGAGCUGAGGCGCAACCAUGGCUUGCCRGAAGACAGGGAUGCGAGCGGAGGCGAAAACGCAACCGUGGCUGCUGCAGCUGCUGCCCCCGCAGCCAGCCCCAAGUCCCUCCCACCACUCURCUCGCCGGCCCGGCACCCGAGAAACGAAGYCGCAUCGCCCAUCAAACCGUGUGCAACUUCGAGAGAGAUGGUUCGGUCCCCGUUCCGUUCGUCGUCGUCGUUUCCAUCGCCCCAGCAACCAAGCGAUCCGUAUCAGCCRCAAGAACAGAGGCAGCAGCCCAGCCCACUCGCAAGUCCAAAAUUACAGCYGUCGUCCUCUUUCGGAGAUCGAUACCACGACAAGAAYCGGUUCUUGGACGAUGCCACAAUUGUCUUUCCUCUCCAAAACUCAAUCAAAAMAUUUGACGCUGGGUUUGAACCAGCUACAGAUCCAGCAAAGGAAGCUUUUGACACACCAGAGAUUGUGUCCCGAAUCCUAGAGUUCGAUGGAUCCUUGGCGGCCUUCUACAAGAACUACGACCUCCUGGAGGGAUACAAKAGCCCAAUGCCGAGGAGAAGGAGCCAGAGCAGAUUCCAGCGUAGAACCACCGGAAACCGUCAGCUGGCYUUUGUCAACAAACACUUUGCUUCCCUCGUCAUCGGUGCCGAGGGACUCGAGGCUUGGAAACGAGAGGCGCGRUGUGAGAUCGAAGAUCGGAARCGGMUUUCCCGCCAAAUCGUGAGUGGUGCAAAUCCUUCUCCCCUGGCCAAGGUCUUCGCAAUUGUCAUUCGGAACGAUGCCAUUGAAUUCGAAUAYCUGUUGAGGAAGCACGUUGUUGCGAUAGAGCAGGGAAACUCCUUGCACGGGGACCACUCMAACGAUAUUUUCGGCAUGGCUCUCACGGAAUACGUCAAUGGCGGCGGCGAUCSAUUCGGCGACAGCGAUUCCAAGCGCGCGUUCGGAGCGCAAUCGAACGAAUCCCGACGAAGCAUGGGCCUCCCCCGGGGGCAUGCCUUUCUGCGGUUUUGUUCGUGCUGGGAGGCCAAGGAAUGCGACUACACGACGCUCCUAGCAGAGCUGGCCUACAACGCGGUGGUUUGYGGUGCCCUGGACGUGCUGGGCGUGAUUUCGAAACGKCACAACACCCUGUACUCCACGGCCUUUGGGCCUUCCGGCUCCCAGUCUCUCCUUGGACUCCUGGUGGCCCAAACCUGCGCCCAGCCGUGUUGCCUGGWGGAAGUUGCCCAGGGAAUUCGAACCCUUAUGUCCCACCAACGGUUGCACAGAGAAGAUCUCAWCGCCUGCCAGCUGGGAAGCCRUGGGACCUCGCUCCAUGUUGCUGCCGCGAAAGGAGACCGCGAGCUAGUGGAAGCACUUUUGGAUGUCGGCUACCAUCCCGGUGUYCGGUGCGACCAAUGGGACUCCGUGGGUCGCGGAACCAACGGCARCAGCAACGKCAGYGGCAGCCACSAGGCAAAGGACGGUAGCACCGACCGGUUGUGGUAUCCGGAAGACUGGGCACGGGUGCGCGGCCACACAGAUGUGGCGCGGYUGCUAGAACGACGGAGGAGACAGCUCGAGCCCCGGCAAGACCUGCAGUCUCUAUCGGAGCUCGAUUCGGUCCUCAGCGAAACCUCCACCCGCUUUACGGUGGCCAGCAGCUACCAACCGUACGACGAUAGCGACAGCAGCUGCAGCAGCACCGAGUACGACAGCGAUUCUUCCGAUGUCUUCGACAGCGAAAUCGAUCASGACGGCGAUUAUUCCGCGUAUACCUCGGAGUCGUCGCGUUUCUAUAGCCCCGGCAAUUAUCCCUACACCAUUGAUGAUCUGUAUCGAUCACCAAGACGAAAGUUAAGGCUGAUACAAACAACGGCAAUUUCUAGGUAGAUGUCAUGGCUGGAGUUGGGAUGAUUCAAACAGUUUGGCAUAAGAUAUAGAAUAAUGAUUAUUCAUAUAG